AUGCACGCGGGCGGGGAGCCGCUGCGCGUCGUGCCGCCGGGCGCGCUGGGCCCGCUGGAGCCGCCCGCGGGGCUGCCGCUGCUGGAGCGCCGCCGCCGCCUGCUGGCCGCGCCCGAGCUGGACGCCGUGCGGCGGCUGCUGAUGCACGAGCCGCGCGGGCACCGCGACAUGUACGGCGCGCUGCUGGGGCCCAGCGAGCUGCCCGGCGCCGCCGUCGGGGCGCUCUUCGUGCACCAGGAGGGCGCCAGCGCCAUGUGCGGCCACGCCGUGCUCUGCCUGGCGCGCUUCGCGCUCGACUCCGGGCUCUGCCCGCCGCCGGCCGCGCCCGGGGAGGCGGCCGUCACCAUCCACUGCCCGUGCGGGCCCGUCGCCGCCUUCGCCUCCUGGGACGGGCGGCGCAGCGGCAGCCGCGUCCGCUUCCACAGCGUGCCCGCCUUCGCCGCCGCCGUCGAUGUGCCCAUCGAUGUUCCUGGUUAUGGAAAAGUGGUUGUGGAUAUUGGAUAUGGUGGCACCUUCUAUGCGUUUCUUAGCGCUGACCAGCUGGGGCUUGAUGUUUGUUCUUCAAAGAUCAGGGAUCUGGUCGACGCGGCAUCUUCAGUAACUGAAGCCGUUAAGGCUCAGUUUAAAGUUCACCAUCCUGACAUUGAAGAUGUGGCCUUCAUUUAUGGGACUAUACUGACUGAUGGAAAAGAUGAAUUUAGUGAUGAACCAACAAGCAACAUAUGUGUGUUUGCGGAUGCACAGGUUGACCGAAGUCCUACGGGGUCGGGUGUGACGGCUCGCAUCGCCUUACAGUAUCAUAAAGGACAGAUUAAGCUGAACCAGACCAGGACCUUCCGAAGCAGCUCAACAGGCUCCUUGUUCACUGGGAAAGCAAUCAAGGAAACGAAGUGUGGUGACCAUGAUGCUGUUAUAGUAGAAGUCUCAGGAGAGUCCUUUUAUACUGGAACAUCAACCUUCACUUUUGAAGAGGAGGAUCCCCUAAAAUAUGGCUUCUUUCUCAAGUAACUGGUCUACAGUUCUCCUUCUGUCUUUCUGUUAACUCUGAUGAAAAAGAUGGAUGCUAUCUUUAUGUUUUUAAACCUGGGUAUACCACCUGA